GGGCAAGUGGCACUCGUGGGCGACCUGAUAAGUAUCUCCGAUAUUUGGAAAUUGCUAUGCAGAUGGUACAAUGCUGUACGUCUGUGAUUCUGUGAAUUUGCGCAAGCUCCUUACUUGAACGACGAUGGCGAUGCAAAGCUUGUUUCCUUUUGCUGGACGGCAAGUUGCUAUUACUGGAGGAUGCUCCGGUAUCGGGCUCGCUGUGGCGAAGACACUCAUCGCACUCGGUGCGAUUGUUUACGUUGCAGAUAUCGCUUCCCAGGCCUCAGAGGAACUCGCCAACCAAGAAGAUUGUUACCUUACACUUCGAUGUGAUGUAACCCAACGCGAGGACUGUCAAGCCUUUCUGGAUUCCAUACCGGGGCGGCUAGAUGGACUUGUGAAUUGUGCGGGCAUUUCAGGUUGGGAAGGCAAAAUCGGCACCGACAAGGUGUACCAGAGAACGAUGGACAUUAAUGUUACGGGGACCUGGAACAUGGCUACCGAGGCUCUGUUGCGAAUGUCAACCCAGGAAGACAUUGAAACGCCGGGGAUUGUCCCUGGAUCGGUACGCAGUAUAGGCCAAGGGUCAGUCGUUAAUGUCGGAAGCGGUGCUUCUCUUCGCGGAGUAGCUGGCUUGGCAGCGUACACGGCUUCGAAACAUGCUGUUCUAGGCUUGACACGAUCUUGGGCUCGCGAUUUCCCCAAGAUGCGCGUAAAUCUAGUCGCCCCAGGCGCGACAGAGACCCCUUUAGCGGAAGCCACUGUCGCCGGUGCGCCUCAAGGGGACCCAAAUGUAGUUGUUGGAAAGGCGCAGAUUGCUUCGAUACCAAAGGGGAGGAUGGCUUAUGCGACAGAUGUCGCAGAUGCUAUUGUUUUUCUUCUUUCAGAUUGGUCUAGUUUUAUUACUGGCCAAUGUUUACCAGUUAAUGGUGGAAACUUCUAG